AUGUCUAAAGCCAACCACAAGGCGAGGCUCGCUGAGCUGCGAGCACUUCGCAAGUCCGGAAAGAAAGCGUUCGAUAAUUACCAAGUUGCAGAGGUCGAUGAUGUCUUCGACGAGGUGGACGAGGAUGGCUACAAGAAACUCGUUCGGGAUCGUCUGAACCAGGAUGACUUCGUCGUCGAUGACAAUGGCGAAGGCUACGCCGACGACGGCAGGGAAGAUUGGGAUCGUGUUCAGAGAUACGAUUCGGACAGUGAGAAUGAGGAGCCUCUUGGUCGUGGCCGACCAAGUAAAGCUGCCAAGAAAGCCCGUCAAGAAGAACAAGCUCAGCGUGAUGCAAAUGACAGAGACAUCACGGAAUACUUCACAAAAGGGGCUGGCAAGACCCAGUCAAAGCCUAAGGUGGUCAAAUCCAAAGCAGACGAUGAUUUCCUUGCAGACCUACUAGGAGAGGUAGACACGAACAUCCCUUCUCCCGCCCUUCGACAACCAAAGCCAGAACGACCUAUCGAGCGUCGAAAAGCCAGGGAUCUAUCGCCCGCUCCAGAGCCCAUCCGGAAGAAGACAAAGACUAUCCACACACCCUCAGCAUCUUCACCAGGCCAAAUUGCCAACGAUAGCGAUGGAGAGGGCUUUCUGCCCCCUCCAGUCGACGAUGAUCUUCCAGCCGCCGUUGAUGUUGCGAUGAGCGACCCUGCCCCAUCAUCCCCAACGGCCAAGGUCGCUCAGCGAAAGGCUCAAAUCAAAAAGGAACCAAUAGAGGAAGAGGAAGAAGACGAGGAUAUGAUGGAAGUUGCCCAUGCUGGUUCCGUCAAUGCUACGAGCGUAAACAUAGCCGGGUCCAGGGCUGUGAAGAAGGUCCUUAAACAAGAGCCCACCUCAUCUCCUCUCGGUCCUUCCUCUGUCAAACCUGCUGAGGCGCUCGUGGACUCGUCGUCUUGGAACAGUCUAACGGAUAAGCUCAACGUGGUUAAUGCGCCAUCCGAAGUGCGAACCGUUGGGAAAAUGGACCACAAAGAUGCAGUCGAGGCAGAUGGUAGCCUGAACUUUUUCUGGACCGACUACACCGAAGUGAAUGGCAGCUUGCUCCUGUUCGGCAAAGUUCUCAACAAAAAGACCAACUCUUAUGUCAGUUGCUUUGUAAAAGUAGACAACAUCUUGCGGAAGCUAUACUUCCUUCCUCGCGAGCACCGAGUAAGCGGCGGCCAAGAAACUGACGAAACAGUGAGCAUCAUGGAUGUUUAUAACGAAGUUGACGAGAUUAUGACGAAAAUGAAAGUGGAUAUGUACAAGAUCAAGGCUUGUACCAGAAAAUAUGCCUUCGAGCUACCUGAUGUUCCCAAGGAGGCCCAGUACAUGAAGUUGCUCUAUCCUUAUACCAAUUCACCGAUUGAUAUGGAAACUCGUGGGCAAACCUUUUCGCGUGUAUUCGGAAGCAACACAUCGCUCUUCGAGCAGUUUGUUCUUUGGAAGAACAUCAUGGGGCCAUGCUGGCUGAAGAUUGUGGAUGCCGAUUUUGGGGCUCUGCAUAACGCUUCCUAUUGCAAGCUUGAAGUUCAGGCCUCGCACCCGAAUAUGAUCACUGUCGACCCCUCGACCAGCAUGGAAGAACCCCCAUUGACUGUAAUGAGUCUUGCUUUGCGCACAUGCUUCAACUCAAACAACAACAAGCAGGAAAUACUUGCGAUCAGCGCAAGAAUAUACGAAAAAUUGUCUUUGAACGACACCACGCCGGCCGAGAAGCUGCCCUGCCGAACCUUUACCAUUAUUCGCCCCAAUGGCCAAUCCUUCCCCAUGGGAUUUGAGCAGCUCGCCAAAAAGAGAAGCAAGGGUCCUAUCUUUUUGAAGAGGCAGGAAUCAGAAAUUCUCAGCUUUUUCCUAGCCCAAGUUGACGUCGCAGAUCCCGAUGUCAUCCUCGGUCAUCAAUUGGAAGGUGUGGAUUAUAGCGUUCUCGUUAAUCGCUUGCAAGAGAAGAAAACGCCUCAGUGGUCCAGAUUGGGCAGAUUUAGACGAAGCAAAUGGCCAUCCUCCAUCACGAAGGUUGGUGGAAACGUCUUUGCUGAACGUCAGCUCAUGUCUGGAAGACUGCUGUGCGAUCUUGCCAACGACGCCGGCAGAUCUGUCAUGUUCAAGUGUCAAUCUUGGAGCCUCACGGAGAUGUGCAGCCUCUACUUGCCCGGGGACAACCAUCGCCGUGAAAUUGACAAUGAGGUGGCACUGAACACUUGGGCAAAAGAAAAGCAAGGGUUGAUGGACUACAUCACCCACAUGGAGGCUGACACACACUACAUAGCCGCCCUCGCCGUCGGCGUCCAGAUUCUCCCCCUGACGAAGAUUCUCACCAACCUAGCCGGGAACUCCUGGGCUCGUACAUUGACUGGAACACGAGCCGAAAGAAAUGAGUACAUUUUGCUGCAUGAAUUUCACCGAAAUAAGUAUAUUUGCCCUGACAAACAAACAUUUCGCGGCCGCCAGAAGAAUGAAGAAAAUGGCGAGGAUGACGCUGCCGACGGGAAGAAGAAGGACAAGUAUAAAGGUGGUCUGGUUUUCGAACCUGAAAAGGGCCUGUACGACAAGUUUGUUCUGGUGAUGGACUUCAACUCCCUUUAUCCCUCCAUCAUUCGAGAGUUCAACAUCUGCUUUACAACGGUGGAGCGAAAAUCAUUGCGAAGUGCCGAUGACGAGGAAGAAACUGUUCCUGAUGUACCAGAGCAGCAAGACCUGGGUAUCCUUCCCAGACUGAUUACCACUCUGGUUGACAGACGUCGUGCUGUCAAGAAUCUCAUGAAGGACAAGAGUGCGACCGCCGAGCAACUAGCAACAUGGGACAUCAAGCAGCUGGCUUUGAAGCUGACUGCAAACUCCAUGUACGGUUGUUUGGGAUACACCAAGUCGCGCUUUUAUGCUCGCCCUCUUGCUGUAUUGACAACGUUCAAGGGCCGAGAGAUUCUCCGAAGCACCAAGGAUCUCGCAGAAGGCAUGGCCUUACAGGUCAUUUACGGUGACACUGACUCUGUCAUGAUCAAUGCCAAUGUUGACAACGUUGAAGAUGCUUUCAAGGUCGGCCAUGCGUUCAAAAAGCUGGUUGAUGACCAAUUCAAACUGCUCGAGAUUGGUAUCGACAACGUCUUCCGACGGAUCUUACUGCAGGCCAAGAAGAAAUAUGCUGCCAUCAACCUCGUUGAGAAAGAUGGCAAGUGGGUGGAGAAGAUGGAAAUCAAGGGUCUGGAUAUGAGACGUCGUGAAUACUGUGCCUUGUCGAAGGAGGUAUCCAAGCACCUACUUGAUGAAAUCCUGUCUGGCGAUGAAACAGAGGUUUCGGUUGUGCGAAUUCACGACUAUCUUCGCGAGAUCGCCGGCAAGAUGCGAGAGCAGAGCAUUCCAAAUGCCAAGUAUAUCGUGUACACGCAGCUUGGAAAGGGUCCAAAGGAAUAUCCAAAUGCCGAUAGCAUGCCGCAAGUGCAGGUCGCUUUGCGUGACAUGGCGCGUGGCAAAGCUGUUCGCAAAGGCGACGUCGUCUCAUACAUCAUCACCGGUGACUCCAAGAGCUCGGAGCCAGCCCCAAAGCGCGCCUAUGCGCCCGCAGACCUCAAGUCUAACCCCGAGCUGCUGCCUGACGUCGAGUGGUAUAUUGCCAAGCAGAUUUUCCCUCCUGUGGAGCGUCUGUGUGCGAAUAUCGCGGGUACUUCAACAUCGCAACUUGCAGAGCAACUAGGAUUAGAUGUUCGAAGAUAUGCUUCAGUCCAGAAUCAGCAAGGGGCUUCAGGGAACGACUUAGAGGUUCACCCUCUCGAGUCCCAGAUCCCCGAUGACGUCCGGUUUGGCGACUGUGAACGUCUUUCCCUCCGGUGCCGAAAGUGCAAAUCCACCACUCCAUUCGAAGGCCUGGCCGGAGGAUCCGAUUGUGUCUCUGCCUCGGGCGUUGUCUGUGGAAAAUGUGGCAGUGCCAUCUCUACACUGUCCAUCGUUGCACAGGUUGAGCAUGCAAUCCGCAUCCAGACCUCGCGUUACUACGAGGCCUGGCUCGUGUGCGAUGAUUCGCAAUGCGGUAAUCGCACCCGCCAGACCAGCGUUUAUGGCAACCGCUGUCUCGGCCCCAAGGGCCUCGCUCGUGAUUGCUUGGGCCGCAUGCGCUACGAGUAUAGUGAGAAGGCAAUCUACAACCAGCUCGUCUACUUUGCCAGUCUUUGGGAUGUCGACAAGGCUCGCGUCAAGGCUGCCGCAAGCGAGGACCGUGACAAGAUAAUCACCUUGGCAGAGCACAACCGUGUGCGGUUCACCACCAUCAAAGGCGUGGUAGACAAGUACCUAGACAAAUGUGGUCGCCAGUGGGUUGCUAUGGAUACAUUGUUCGCGAAAUUGGGCUUCAACAAGAUCAUUGCUGGUCCCUAA